UUUAAUGGUGCUCUUUCCAUGAAAGGUCCACUGUCUGGUUCCCAUUCUACAGCUGCAAACACAAAAGGAAGUUGAAGGACGAUAUUUCCACCGUGAAAUCGGCUGUGAACUUGAAGCAUUUAGUCAAGUGAUCUACGGUGACUUGCAGGGCCUGUGUCAGGCCACAAUUUGUCAACAAUAGGGACUAUUGUCACCACUCCAAUGAAUCCGGUAAAUGGCAUUCAUGAGAUCGAUAUGCCAAAGUCAAAGUUACUGCACAGACAAAGUGAGAGCGCUAGGAAGAGAAUGGAGCACUGCCAAUAUUUGGCAACAGAGUCUCCGGAGCCGACAUAUGACCUGUCCCGUUGUGAGCUGUAUGAGGUUCCAAGUGGUACAUUCUCAAUGUGCAAGGUUUUACGGAAAGAAGCUCUGAUUUUGAGUGAUAAUCUCUUGUCGUCACUAUCAGGAGGCGGCAAUAUUAAAGAUUUAGCAAUGCUACGGGUGCUGGAUUUACACAGCAAUAAGUUAUCAGAGAUACCCGAUGCACUGACAGGUAUCAGUGGAUUGCAAGUCUUAAAUCUGGACAACAAUCAACUCAAGAAGCUUCCUCGUGAUACGGGCAAACUACAGGCUCUGCAGACACUCACUUUCAAAGGAAACCAAGUGAAAGAACUACCAGGGACUAUUUGUCUGAUGAAAUCUUUGAGAACGUUGGAUAUUUCGGACAAUAAGAUCAAGGACUUGCCUUCUAAACUUUGCUACAUCAGGACACUUGAGACUUUGAGUCUAGAUGCCAAAAACAUGAGACAUCCAAUAGCGAGUAUCUGCAUGCAGGGAACUGAAGCAAUUAUGAAGUCACUUUGUGCAGAGUGUGGCACUGAUUAUAGCCCACCAUCGCAACAUGUUCUGAAUGUGCUGGACCCUCCUAAAGUCUCCCCCUCUGAAGACAAGCCAUCAUCGCUUCGAAGUCUUGAAGAAGAAGAAGCCAACUUGAGUAAUAGUAUCAUGCAGUAUGAGAAAAUCCAGGAGAGUAAAAGAUUGGAGAGGAUGAGACUGGAAAGAGAACUUGAAGAAAUGGAGAGAGAGCAAGCGCAACUGGUGACUCAGACGGACAAACGACACUUGGGAUUGCUCAAGGCCCUCGAAAAGGAGCAAGCUGACUUGGAUUCAGGCAUUAAAACGCUGCAAGAGAGAAGUGACAUAGAGAAACAAAACUUGCUCUCUAUGCUACAUGAUGUUGAAAGACAGUCUACUGAUCUUGUUCACCAACUUUUGGAGAUUAAUGAGAAAGCGCGGAAGAAAGAAGCUCUUUUGGAUCAAUUGGAGAAGGAAAGGAUGGAGUUAGAUGCCACAUUCCUUGUGGUCUCUGAGGAACAUGACCUCUUACGAGAAAAAGACAUCUUGAAGUUUAUGCAAGUCAUCAUGAAGGAGAACUUUGAGUUGGAUCAGCUGAGAAACAGAUAUGAUAAACACAAGGAGAACAUUAGAAAGGAAGCAGAAGACAGUGAAAAUGUUGCAUUUAAUCAGCUGAGCUCACAGCUUCACGCUAAGCAGCUAAACAACGAUGCUAUUGUAGCCAACCUGAUGAAAGCUGAAGAAUUCCAACGAGAAGCAUUUGAGAUGUUGCUGCUUAGCAAGGAUGCUAAGCAUAAGCGACUGACUGAGGAGAUCUACAUGCUGCAACAGCAACUUGCUGAGGUGACUAUGGCUGAGCUAGAGAAACAGUCUGUCAAGGCUGAGUCAACUAACAUUGCUCUGGAGCAGAAGAGAGAGGAUCUGGCUGCCUUGCUGAAACAGCUCAUGAUUGAGAGAGAAGAUCGAGAAGAAGAACUCAAAAAAAGACUGCUGGAGAUGGAACAGAGACGUGAGGAUGAUGUCCAGGACUAUUGGCUGAUCCAAUUCCAGAGACUGAUGGAUCGUAAGCCACAAUCACUUAUUGAUCAGGAAAACAACUUGGAGUUUUCAGUCUUGGAAAUCUUGAACAGGUCAGGAGCUGAUGAUUACAUUCCCAUGUUUGCUCGACAUCGAGUUACCAUAGAAACCAUGCUACAAUUGACAGACAACGACUUGAAAGAGAUUGGUGUUCAUGAAGUUGGCUUACGUCGUUCUAUUUUAUCAAACAUUGCUAACUUCACCAAAGAGAGGGAUAAUGCGUCACUUAAAGCCAAGGAAAUGGAGUCUCAUGUUGAUGUUCCCAGAAGAGAUCCAACAGCGCCCUCUAUUGAUGAAGCUGGUGCAAGCGCAGUCGCAGGUGCAGCCCUUGUGAAGGAAGUCACUGUUCGGGUCAAUGCUGAAUGCGUUAUCUGUAUGGAGAAUAACUCGGAUGUUCUCUUCCUGAACUGUGGCCAUGUCUGUUGCUGUGGUACAUGCUCUGGAAGUUUACGGCUGUGCCCACUGUGUAGGAGCGACAUUCACACCAAGAUCAAUAUGCAGAAAUCAAGUCAGUCGGUGAUUGGUGGAUGUGUAGACUAGCCCGGUAGGCAGAUGAGUACAAAGGUAUGGAGAGUUGUUGGUGUUUGUAAAGUGAAGAGGCAGGUUUUGCUUGUAGUAUGGUGUCCAGGGUAUGAUGCAUGAAGGAGUGUCAAGGAUCCUUGUUGAUCUUCAUCUUGUACAUGUUAGGCGUGAUGGGUGGAUCUGUACAACUGGUUGAUAGCGCCGCCAUCAGUUGAUAACCUCUACUUUCUACUUCACAGCUCUGGAGGAUUGUUUAGAAAAAGGGAAACAACUUCUGAUUUUCUACAGGAAAUGGACUGAUCGCGCAAGUGCAUCUCUGCACAAUGGAGUAAUCGCGCAAAGAUACGCAGAUCCACUGAUUAUGCCCAACACAGAAUCUGUCCAUACACUCCAUACAUUGUAUUAAAUUGUACAUAAUUCAAACCCACCUCAUGUACAGUUUUCUUUUUCAAGAUGAGUUUGUAUUCUAUUCUCCAGUCUAGCAUGUCUCAAGAAAAUUGAUUUUUUAACAUUGACAGUGAUGAACCCGUCUAUGCACCUAUCGCUAGUUUUACGGAUGUACGGUUAUAACAAUUGUAUGAUGCAAAAACAAAAAGUUACAUUAUCAGUUUUGAGUUGCUGAAAAGUCCCAUGUUGACAGCCGCUGCAAUGUCAAACAUACAUUUUGAUCACAUGGUUUUACUACAUGGCCAAGGUCCUUCUUUGGGCCCUGAGUAAUCCAAGUGCCGACGCACAGUAGAAUAACCACAGUGGAAUGUUAACAAUCACUGAGGCCCCCCAAAAAGGCUCCAUUUUCUGAUAUGGAGCUUGCCCCAAAGGUGUUUCGGCGACCCUUUUUUUUUGUUCCCCUACUUUAUUUUUCGUCAGUGCACAGAAGUCAGAACAAAGUUGUCAGCUGAUAUUGCAGAUGACGCUUAGAUCCCUUUAAACUCUGAAAAUAUCCUUCAGGUUGUAGCUUGAGGUGACCUCAGUAAAGGCCCCAAGGUUUGAGAAUUCUGCGCCCACUUACGAUCUCGACCGACAUGAAUAUUCUUUGAAAAAUUUAGAUAACAAGAAAAACAUCACUUUAGUCUGCCCCCUUACAUAUUGAGCUAAUUAAAAAGCAUUUACAGGUUCCAGAUGCACGACCAUCUGGCUUCCAGACACACAAUUACAAAAUUACAACAACGUCUGCAAAAGUUGCCCGACUACUUUAAGUGCAAAAUCCAUAUGGGAGACAAGAGAGGCCACAUAAAGCUUAUACUCGAUCUUAACCCCAUCUAAAACAUGUUAAAAUAGUGCAACUUUUUAAUUUUGCAGACACACAUUGCUAUGGCGAUGCGUGCAGAGACCAGAAACCAGAUACUUUUUCGGGGGGGGGGGGGGGGGGGGCUAAACUUUUUA